AUGUCUACCAACUCGCAUCCAGUCCAGAUCGCGGAAUACAAACCCCCGCGUGGCCUUGGUGUAUUCGUUUUCUCUGGAGUACUCUUGAAUGUUGCCUGUUUUGUUGGCCUGCCAUGGCUCGUCCCCAGCAGCGUCCCCUGGCGUCUCCUUGAAAACGGGUUCCCAGGUGGACCGACCCGAUUCCAGUCCAUCAUCAAGAUCGGCUUCUGGUCUCUGACUGCCGUUCACAGCCUCGAGGUGAUUGCCUUCGAUCGCACUCGUAUGGUCCGACACGGAGUGCGCAGAUGGAGCAGUCUGUGGUGGAAGUGGAUUCUCACCUGCUGGGUUGAGGGCUUCACCUGCUGGCAGAGGAUUGAUGCUAUGAUUGCUACUAAGGCAGAGAAAAAGAAGGACUAG